AUGGUGAACCAUGGUGCCCCAUCUGCCAAUGAAUUCAUGAGCUACAAGGCCCCUAGGGCCAAGAACCCAUAUACAAAGGACAAGGGAACAUAUACCAUCACGGACCCUCAAAAUAAUUCAAGACGAGCCUGGAAACAAACCCCGAUUGUUCAAAAUGACCUAACUCGCCUUAUAAGGAAGAUUCCUGAGACUCUAGGGUCAAAGGAGGUCUCCUGCAAAUCCGCAGACAGAGAAG